AUGGAAGAUUCGAGCUCGGACGAUUUGAGCUCGUACAGCUCAAUUGAAGAAAGUGACUUGAGACGAAUUAACUCGAUGGCGAUAAAACAACAGAUUGACACAGGUGCGAAGGCCCCAGAAGGCCGGCCCAUCUGGGAGGCCGACCAUCAUCGUCAUACGAAGGUGACCAAGGAUCUCGCCCGACGUCGUCCGGUCAAAACCAGAAGUGCGCUCUUGUGGAUCUCAUAA